GCUACAUCCCGACCUGCAGUCGUGAAUGAUACGUGGUCAAGGCUACAUCGAUUUAUCCCAUCAAGCGUCAUUUCUUAUUCAAGAGCAACAACAUGACCGUCGUGCUGGUGUCUCUAAUUUUCGGGGCACUUAUAGCCCUUUACUUUUAUCUGACGCGAAAUUACAAGUAUUGGCAAAAACGUGGAAUUCCGUGCGUGGAUGGAGCAUUGCCGGGGUUCGGUAACAUGCUAUCGGUGAUCUGCAUGAAGACGCACAUCACCGAUUUUUGUUGCAAGAUCUACAAGGACAAUAAAGGACAUAGCAUGAUUGGGAUCUAUGACUUUACAUCACCGUCGUUAUUGAUCAUCGAACCAGCACUAGUGAAAGUGGUGCUGCAAACCCAUUUUUCAAGUUUUGCCGAAAAUGCUGUUCAUAUUGAUGAAGAAUCAGACAGUCUCAUGUCAUAUAAUCCUUUCGGUCUUUCCGGCGAGAAGUGGCUAAACAGCAGAAAGCGAUUGGCAUACGCAUUUUCCAGUAUGCGAUUGAAGAUCCUGCUCGAAAGCGUUAAAAAGGUGUGUGCGACGAUGGAGAAUUACAUGGACAGAAAAUUAAGCAACAAAGAGACAGAGUUCGAACUGAAGAGUUUAUUUUCUAAAUACUCCGCGCAAGUGGUAGCUGCUGCUGGCUUCGGUGUAGAUGGAUACUGCUUUGAUGAUGACAAAAAAAAUGUAUCUUUCAGGAAACUCGGACAAGCCAUCUUCAAACCGUCGAAACGAACUACAAUUAUCUUCGCUCUUGUAUUUCUCAUUCCGUCGUUAAAUAAAAUCUUGAAACUAGACCUUAUUCCGAAGCACAUCGACAACUUCUUCAGAACAUUGGUUGCAGAACUCAUGGAGCAAAGGAGAAAAGACGGAAUACCUCGAAACGACUUUCUUCAUCUGAUGAUGGAACAGGAGCGAGCGGAGGGUGAUAAAUUUGACAUUGGAAUGAUCGCAGGUCAUGCGAUGUCGUUCGUUGUCGACGGAUAUGAGACGUCUAGUAGUGUUAUGAGCUUUAUUGGGUUUUAUUUGGCUCAGUACCCAGACAUACAGGAAAAAUUACGUGAGGAAGUGACAUCUGUGCUUAAUAAAUAUGGUGGUGAAAUCACUUACGAAGGCUUGAAAGAAAUGACAUACAUAGAUCAGGUCUUCAAUGAAACGAUGAGGUUAAUACCAGGAUUGUUGAUGAAGAAACGAUGCACGGAAGAGUUCGAUCUGAAAGGAUCCGAUGGAGUUGUCUGUCGCGUGCAACCCGGAAUGGAGAUCCUGAUACCGCUUCAAGCUCUGCACACAGAUCCACAAUACUGGGAAAAUCCCGAAGAAUAUGAUCCUGAAAGAUUCAACUCGGAUAGAAAACACAAUAUUGAGAAAUUUACUUUUCUUCCCUUCGGCGAAGGUCCGCGAAUCUGUGUGGGUAUGAGAAUGGCUCAGCUGCAAAUAAAGGCAGGCUUGGCUAUGAUUCUAAAAAAAUACAGAAUGGAAUUGUCGCCGAGAACGCAAAUACCAUUAAAGAUGAUUCUUGGAACGUUUUUACCAACGCCGAAAGGUGGCCUGUGGGUCUAUUUCCGGCAGCUUUAAGUACUUGUUUCAAAUUUCUUUUUUAAGCUGUCAUAAAUAUUUCUCU